ACAGACAGAUGGUUGUCACAGACGCACAUGGUAGCACGGAGACACACAAGGAAACAUGCGAGGAGGUCGUCGCCCUGCUGGACAGCCACACCGUCGCGUCUCAGAGCCAGCAGCUCUCCAGCCUGCUUCACUUGGCAGCCAGCCACGGUCUGAGGAAGGUGGCGACGUUCCUCCUGCAGCAGCCGGGAGGCAGGGAGGCGCUGAGGAGGCCCAACGCUCAGGGCCUGACUGCAGCACGUCUGGCAGAGAGCAGAGGACAUUGGCAGCUGGCAGAGCUCUUCACACAGUAUGAGACGUCCCCAAACGUCCAGGCGGAACCAAAGGAGCAGCCGCACUUUUCCCAGGGAGUGUUCCGGCGCCACGCAAACCUCGGUACCUACACCCUAACGUUCCCGGGCCUCCGUCGGAGGAGGGAGGGGGGUGCAGAGACACAGGAGAUACAGACGGAGGUAGAGGAGCUGAGGAGGCGUAUCCAUCUGCACAGGGAGGAAAAGGGAAACUCAGACUUUGCUGGCACCAUCGCAGAGACACAUGACCCCGUCACCCCUGCCUGUGGGCAGCAGCCCUGCUCCAACGGCCCGUCUGCGGUUACCAUAGAAACCUGUAGCAUAACAACAGAGGAACGGGGACGUCCUCCCUCACUGGAGGAGAGAGCACAGGGGGAGGACUCUGCUGUUGUCACUCACACAUCCUGUACCAGUGGAACUCUUUGUCAGAGGCAGGAAGCUGGGGGAGAACAGAGGGGCACACCGGUUGCCAACUCUCCCACUGGCCGCAGCAGGAAAAACAGAAGGAGAACUCCAAAAAACGCAAGACGUGCAACAGAAUCUCCAGGAAAUAACAGAAGCACCCCAGAGGACGGUAGAGGGAGUGCACGGAGACCCGCGAAGGCUACAGGAAGUAGUGCAGAGACAGAUGUAUCUAUUGGACCCGGAGGACCAGCGGGGGCAUCUGUGAUUGCAAACGACGGGGAAGCCAUAAAAACUCAACCUAGUCCCAGACAAGGAGAGACUACAUUACCCAUAAAGCCAGCGUCUGAACCAGGUGGUGAUGGGAAGCACGCUGGCAGGAAGGCGGCGGCCUUGCCACCAACCACCAUCGUAGAAAAACAGGAAGGAGAGAAGUGGGAAGUUGACCUGCUGAUAUGUGAGCGAGUUGCAGAGACAGAAGCAGUGACACAGAUAAAGCAGGGAGACGCUGAGAGACUCCCAGCAGAAGAAUUGUCUGCAGAGAGGACGGAAACAAUGGGUCAGGAACAAUCCCAGGAUCCCCAGGAAAGCCGGUCGGACCCGGAGGAGCCGGGCCAACCUGACACCAUGAACAGCAGUCCUCAGUCUGGCAAGAGGACCAGCCCCAAGUCCCCAGAUACGGAGAGGAAACCUCGGAGAAUGCUUUGGCGGGAUGGAGGCUGGAUUGGAGGCAGAAUGGGAUCACCCCAACAGGGAGGAGCAACUGAAGCAAAAACAGUCUGGUAUCAGGGUGAAAAGCUGGAACAGGGUGCCGGUGAAGAGUGUAACAGAGAGGAAGCAAGCUCCCAGUCAGUUUGGUAUGACAGUGACACGGCAGAUCAGAGAAAAAGCGAACAGCUGGAGCAGGUAAUGAGAGAGCAGAAAGAAUGCGAUUUGAGCUCAGCACAGGCUUCUGGUCUUAGUUCUCCACAGCUGUUAGAACAGCCUCCUACUUCUCAUCAACUGUCUUCAGCUCUUAGUCAGCCACAUGCUGCUGGAACGCAGCCAGCGCUGUCACAUGGGCCGGGUGCACAAAGACGGGAAGUACACGGAUCACAGCGAGAGGAGGAAGUAGGGCCAGAUUGGAAGGAGGGUGGAGUGGAGGGAGACGGAGAGGAGGUCAGUAACAGAGAGACGACUCACAGCAGAAAGAGUUCUGAAACGGCAGACCUCGAAGAGGGAGUAGAGGGAGAGACUCAAGGGAGCGAAGACAAAGGAGCAAAGGGCAGAAAAAAGAGGAGGAAGAAGAGGGGGAGGAGAGGAGGCGCAGAUGCCAAACUUAGCUCCAGCUCUAGCAUCGAGUCUCAGGGUCAGAUAGAGAUAAAGACACAGAGAGAACAAGUGUCGGACCUGAACACUCAGCUAGAAGCCAAGGAUACGACAGGAGGGGUGGACAUAGAGUCUCCAAUCAAGGACGCCAUGCAUCUGCCCAGCCAGACAGAGGGCCAGACCAGGGAUGCUCAUGGACCUGACAUCGCAAACUCGGAUCCUAGUGGUACAACUCCAGAGUUCAGUCUGACAGAGCAUGGGAGAACAGAUCUGACUGGAGUUACUGCCUCACAAACUCUGGAAACAAAGGAAUUAUCAGAGGAUGACAGUAAGAACCCGAAUUCUAUUGUCACUGCUUCAGACCUUCAAAUGGACAUCAGAAAGGCAGAUGUGGAGGGAAUUACAACUGUUCAACCAGUAAAAAAGGAAAUACUUGACCCGACAGAGGUGGAAAUAAAUGGGCUUGCCAUUCCGGCUCCCCAAAGAGUGGAUAAUGUGGAGUCAAAGGAAUUGUCAGAAAACAAGGAUUCCACGGUCACUGAUAACGCUGUACCAUCCGUGGACCGGACUGGUUUGGUGGAAUCUAACUACGAAACUACAAAGGAAGUUCCUGUCAAACAUUCAGAUCCUACAGAAUGCACAGAGGACUCGUCUUUUUUGGAAUUUCCUGAACAUAACACACAACACGAACAAUCCCCGGAGUCAAACAGAUCGGCGCAACCUGCGGAUCACACGGGAAGACCCGAAGGAUUUAUGGAAUGGGCGCGUCCUGCAGAAGCUGGUGGUCUGCCAUUUGAAGGCACGCCGGAUGUUUUACCACUACAAAUGCGGGAAGGAAGCUCUGAGACAACUGCGAGGGAAUAUUUGGAGCAUUGUUUGGACCCUGGGAUGAUGAGAGAUCAGCAGCAGGGGGAGGAAAAGAGGAAUGAGUCUUGUGUGGGUGAAGAGGAAGCGAGUGAGGAAAGGAGUAAGAGUGGGGAAAAUGACAGUGGGAUUGUGCGUGGCGAGGAGUUGCCUUCCAUAGACGAAAAGCAAGAUCACAAUGAAAGCGUGGUUGCCACGGCAGUAGCAGUCGUAACGGUUGCAAUAGCAUCAGCCAUUGCUAGCAUAGAGCUUAGCCAACAGUUAGCAGACAAUCAGUCAGAGAGUCAAGAGCCAAUAAACCAGACGCCAGACGAUUCACUCAACACUGUUCAGUCCACACAGCCGAUGGACAAAGAAAACUGUCAACUGCCACCAGCUGAGCCGGAAAACCCACCUAUAGAGCAUAUAGACAUCAUACCUACUGAUCAGUUCGCCUUUAAAGAACAAGUUAAUAUUGAAAUAUCAGAGGACGUUGAUUCUGCAGUGUUGCAGUGUAGCACUGACACAGAAAUGCUACCAGCAGCACAGCUAACUAGCAACCUGGAGGCUAACCUCGACCAGUCAGCUCUUGCAGAUACUCCGAGUUUACCACAACUCUACGAAGAGGUAAUCCAAACAGAAACUACAGCAGACCAAGUCUUUACAUUUCCGCUACCUAAAGAGGAAGACAGCCUGCCGAACGUUGACGCAAAACCUUUGCCAGAAGCAGAAGAAACAUUUACAACCGAGGCGGACAGCCAAGGUCGCGCGAAGGUAGAAGUCCAACAGCAAUUCCAUCGUCCCGUUGCAGGCCCAGGGCAACAUCCAGAUUCUUCUGGCACAUUCUGCCCUUCUGAGGAGAAUCUGAGACUAGGGGAGGAUAGAGACCCCCCAGAUCGGUCUAUCUGUGAGGAAGAGAGUGGGAUGCCAGACAGACUCUGUGGAGAUUAUAGUCCCCCUUUAGAAUCCAUAACUGCUGAGGGUGAGGUAGGAAGCUUUAAAACGUUCGAAGAUAUGUCAGACUCAGACAGAGAGCGUGAGAGAGAUCCUCAGCUGGGCGGUCAGGUAGAAACACAAAGUGAAGGGGAGAUUCCAACCACGCCGCUUAUUUACGGCCCAACACUUCUUGUCGCCCCCUGUGACUCGACUCUUGUGUUCGAUCCCAGUCCAGAAGAGCCGACUGCACCCCUGAAUGCGGAGACGGGCGAAUCAUCAUCAUCAGACAUGAAGCUUGCCCCCGCCAUCCCUCUUUGUGCUGGCAGUAGCAAUCUCCAGAGCAAAGGUCAAGAGCCUGCUGCUGCGGAUAAUAAGGACGGAGUGUUUGAAGGGCUGGAGAAAGACUCUCUGGAUACAGUGGAAGGUUGGAAGGAGAGAGAAAAGAAUAAGAUGAAAAGUGAAGUGGAAUCAAAAAAAGAAAUAGUCACAGAGGACAUCACAUCCACGACAGCGGCAGAAGAAGAGCGGCAACAGACGAGGCGGGACUCGGACGGCACACACACUCUGCAGAUCCAGAGGGAGAGGGACGUUUUCUGCCCCGAACCAAACACAACAUGUACAGACGUCCAUCCAGACAGAGGCGAGUGUGUGUCGGUGUGUUUGUUGCACAGUGACAAAGACGGCGUCAAAGUCUGCAGCAAACCGGAUGACAGUGUCUUUAAAAAGCCCAAAGACCCUCCCCCCUUUGUGGGACACAGGGACAAAGGGGUUCGAGUCUCCUGGUCCUCCACGGAUGAUGCAUCAACACAGGGAGCCCUCAGUCCCACUGAGGAGGCCUUGCCGGUGGGCACACCUGACCCGGUGACCCCUCGGAGCUCCAGACUGUCCUGGAAGUCGGAAACAGAGGACAGAGGAGGAGGAGAGACAGAAGGAGGAGGAGAAGAAGAAGAAGAGAAAGAAGACCAGCUUCCAGAGAAUCCCGUCCCCUCUGCCGUCAUGCGAUCCUCCAUCAGUUCUUUGUCUCCGUUCCGUCGUCACAGCUGGGAGCCAGCCAGGAACAACGCCGCCACAGAGAUGGACAUCGCACAGCGCAGACCACCCGUCCCUUCUUUCAGCUCAUUGAAGAUUCCGUUAGGAGAGGUGAAGAGAGCCAAGCCCCCCCUCCACAGGAGAAGCAUGAGCUGGUGUCCAUCCAACCUGCGUCGCCCUGAUCAGGAGCAAAUAGACAACAGGAGCUACAGCCUGGAGGGUCUGGAGGUGGAGAGGGGAGCGGUCCGGGCUCAGGAAGAGAGGGCCCCGGAGAGGAGCUUGCGCCUGGACAGCCAGGAGAGAGGCUCGCUGGUUUCCCUCACCGAGGAGGAGCAGGAAGGAGACGGAAGCAUUAUGGAUAGCCAGACAUCACAUCCGGUACUGUCAAUGACAAACAGCUGUCCCACCAUGUUCCAUCACCAAACCCUCACCAAAUCCAUCUCCAUGGUUACCAUCAAUCACCGCGACAUUGAUGGGGUGAGCGCAUUUUCCAGUAACUCCGGGUCACUGGAAUACAGUAUUUCAGAGGAGGAGCCGGGUCCCCUGCGGAGCGACACAGAGGGAAAAGGAGGACCUAAAAUCAGCCGGACGUUCAGCUACAUCCGCAGCAAGAUGACCAAGAAAAGCAAGGAGAAGGAGAGGAAAGGAGAGAGGGAGCGGGAUAGCAAAGAGAGAGAAAAGAAUAGUGCAAACGGUCAUCUCUUCAUCCAAGUCAGUCCCUCUCCAUCCACGGCCUGUCAGCACUGCACCAAACUCCUUCACAAUAAGGAGACUUUCCUCUGCAACAACUGUGGAGCCCAUGUCCAUAAGUGCUGCAAAGAGAGACUGUCCGUCUGUACAAAGAGGCAAACAAAGCAGUCGCUUGAAGCCGUUUCCGGGUCAGCACUCAACAUGAGGAGUAAAUCUACAUCUUCAGCAUCAUCUGUAUCCUCUACGUCUUCCUCAUCGUCACGGGAACGCUGGUCCACAGCAACCUCCCCUGAUGACCAGUUCCCUGUGAUUUUCCCACGGAGACAACCCAGUUUCUUCAACACACACAGCAACCUGUCCAAGAGCAUUUCCACCAGCAACAUAGCAGGGUUAGAUGAAGUUUCACUGAAAGGCCUGAAGUUUCUGUCCCAGUCCACCGACUCUCUCCAUAAGGGGAGCAAAGUCAAUGCCUCGACGGAGUCUCUCACAGAUGAAGGUACGGAGAUGAUGGACAGCCAGCUGAUGGGAGAGUUUGAGUGCGACACUAAAGAUCUGGAAGCCGACUCUUGGAGCGGCACAAUGGAUAAGAAGUUUCUGAAAACGUUGAAGAAAGAUGAAAUCAAGAAACAAGACGUCAUCUACGAGUUGUACCAGACAGAGUUCCACCAUGUGAGGACGCUGAAGAUCAUGUCCGAAGUUUACUACAAAGGCCUUCAGAAGGAGCUGCAGCUCGACACUCAAACUCUGGACAAGAUGUUCCCUGUGUUGGACGACAUGUUGGACACGCACACUCAUUUCCUCACCCUGCUCCUGGAGAGAAAGAGAGCUUCAUCAACUGAGGGACAAAAAAACAACAGCUUCCUCAUCUACAGCAUCGGGGACGUCCUGCUCAACCAGUUUUCAGACUGCAGUGCUGAUCGCAUGAAGAAAGUUUACGGGAAGUUCUGCAGUCGCCACAACGAAGCCGUCAAUCUCUACAAAGACCUGCACGCCAAAGACAAACGCUUCCAGGCUUUCAUCAAGAAAACAAUGAGCAGCAGCAUUGUGCGGAGGCUCAGUAUCCCAGAGUGCAUUCUGUUGGUCACUCAGAGGAUCACAAAAUAUCCCGUUCUCAUCCAGAGGAUACUGCAGCACACAAAAGACUCAGAUGAAGACCACAGCUGUGUCUGUGAAUCCCUGCGCUGUGUGAAGGAGGUGAUCAAGGCUGUGGACAGCAAAGUCAACGAACAGGAGAAGAAACAGAGGCUGAGGGAGGUCUACAGUCGCACUGACAGCAAGUCCAUCAUGAGGAUGAAGAGCGGCCAGAUGUUUGCUAAAGAGGACCUGAUCAGAGGGAGGAAGCUGCUGCAUGAUGGAGCGCUGCAGCUGAAGAACGCUGCCGGACGACUCAAAGAUGUCCAGGCCAUGCUCCUGUCUGACGUGUUGGUCUUUCUUCAGGAAAAAGACCAGAAAUAUGUCUUUGCCUCAUUGGACCAGCGCUCUACGGUCAUCUCCUUACAGAACCUGAUAGUCAGAGAAGUGGCCAAUGAGGAGCGAGGCCUCUUUCUGAUCACAGCUGGUAUAGAGAGACCAGAGAUGGUGGAGGUGUUGGCCAGCAGCAAGGAGGAGCGCAACACGUGGAGGGCCAUCAUACAGGACGCCAUGAACUGCAUGGAGAAAGACGAGGACGAGGGAGUCCCAAGUGAGACGGAAGAGGACAGGAGGCAGCAGGAGAACAGAGCAAAGGAGAUCCGAGAGCUUCUACGAAGGAAAGAUGAGCAGAUCAUCUCUUUAUUGGAGGAGAAGGUCCACAUCUUCAGGGACCUUGGCGACUGCAGUCCCGCCCCCGUCGAUACGAAUCCAUCAGUCAGGGAGCGGAUGUUGUUCAUGGCCACACCUGACGACGUCACAAAGGGGGAGCCAGUCAUAAAGGAUGCCCUGAAAGAAGUGGAGACCCUGCACAGUUUAGUGAACAGUGGCGUUGGGGGAGCAGGCUGCAGUGUUCCAGUCGGCCUGACAGGGGGCAGCGUGGGACCGGUCUGUCUGCCCAGGAGAGCGGAGACAUUCGGAGGCUUCGACAGUCAUCAAAUGAACAGCAGCAAGAAUGGAGAGAAGGAAGAGGGGGAUGAAUCACUGGACCUCCGAAGGACUGAGUCAGACAGCGUGUUGAAGAAGGGAGCCACUGCCAGCCUUCAGAUGUUGCUAAAGAGAAACAAUGAGCAGGUGCAGCACAGUGUGACUCAUCUCCAUGACCUGCUGAUUUCACUGCAGGCCGUGGUGGUCCAGCAAGACUCCUACAUCGAGGACCAGCGGCAGACGCUGAGCGAGCGGCUCACCGCCAACUCCUCCAGACACUCGUCCUCCUCCUCGCUCUCGUCCUCCUCCUCGUCCCGCCCCUCCUCCCUCAUCGAGCAGGAGAAACACAGGAGUCUGGAGAGACAGCGGCAGGAGGCGGCCACCCUGCAGAAACAGCAGGCUGCACACCAGGAGGAAAAGAGGAGGAGAGAGAAAGCAUGGGAGUUGAAGGAGAAAUGUCUGGCAGAGCGGGAGGAGAGGCUGAGGGCUGACGAGGAGCAGACCAGGAGGAAGCGUUGGGAGGUGACUGAGGAGGGGGAGGCGCUGCAGAGGAGGAAAGAGGAGUACCAGGUGGAGCUGGAGAGGCUGAGGGAGGCGCAGAGGAGGCUGGAGAGAGAUAAGGACGCUCUGAGGAGAGACACAGAGAGACUGGAAGCCAUGAAGAGAGACGAGUCGGAGCAGCCUCAGCGGUACCAGCGGACUCCCUCCACUACCUCAGAGGAAUCCAUAAGGUUCCACAGCUCCGGGUCUCUGGAUCUAGACGCCAAAGAAGCAGCAGAACAGCCAAAAGGGGUGGAGCUCUCAUCCUCUGCCCCGGCCAAAGAGCCUUUCCUCCGCAUCGGGUCCAAGAGGAUGGGGAAGAACUUUAACCCCUUCUCCUCGUCCUCCUCCUCCUCUAAGGCUCAGGGAGCCGAGAAGGAGUCCCAGCUCCCCAACAGACUGCUCCAGCUGGCCAAACCCAAGGAGAAGAAAGACAAGAGGAAGAAGGGCAAAGAAGAGCAGACACCAACAGAAAGCAAAGUCACAGUGAUGUCGGAUCCUCAGAACGACGGGGACAUCUUCUUCUGCUGAGGACGGGGACGACGCACAUGUGAACUUCUAAUCUGGCCAGUGCAGCAAAACAGGACCCCCAAGUGUUCCCCCCAACUCUAUUUGUAUAUGAAAUGCCCACAUGGGUCUUCUUUGCAGACUACCUGGCCUCUGGACACUGUCCCCAGGCAAACAAAAGCACUGACCUCAUCACUGAGUCUCCAGGUGAAGUCAUUUUGAGCUGGUGAUUCAAUCAGGGGGACUUUGAUCGACAAAUAUGCCAUGAAUUAUUUCCCCCACCGCCACCUUCCAUCAGUUCGAGAUGCCAAGGAGGGAGGAAAAGGUAUUCUUGAUUUCUCCCAGCUGUCGGGAGAACACUCAAAUCUCCUCGAGACUCUAAACUGUAGCUUUAACAUGAACCAACAACGAGUGCCAUUUCUUUCACUAACUCAACUUUGAGCGCUUGUAAAUCCCAAGCUGAGCUUUUAAUCUAACGUGUGAUGCGUGUGUCCACACGUUUGACUCAACUCCGGGGUUCAGCAUUCAAGCUGUCAAACAAGACAUUAGACGGAGCAACAGAUAUCACACCAUGUGGUGUCUCCAACAGUAAGCAACCCCAGAACGAGUCCACACUGUGUGCUGAGGUCAGCGUGUGUGGUCAUUGUGUGCACAACAAAGGCCACGGGCUUCCAGAUGCAAUCGAUCAAACAACCAACAGCCACCAGAGAGAGAUGGACGAGUCUGUAGAGACAGACUGAGUGGUCGGGACAGAUCACCAAAGACUUUUAGUGCCUUAAGGUGUUUUAUAAUGUCGUCAGAAAAAUCACCGCCAAUCUCUAGAAUUUCAUCAUUCAACAGACUCUUAACAGCUCCGUAGAAAGAUUCAUCUUUAAUCAUCUUUCUGUGUGACAAUCACAGCAGUGAAACUGUAACUGCAGCUCAACAGGAUCAGGAAUACAGAGAUUUUUAACAUGCACUUUAUACAUUACACGAGAGAGUGAUGCUUAAUCUGAAGGGUCUGUCAUUCCCUCUUAAUAAUUUCACCAUCAUUUGUUUUAGUAAUUUGGUACUAAAUGCAGGGAAAUUGGGAACAUCCCUCAUAGAUUAGCUCCAUUUAAAUCCAAGUAAAUCCGCCUUUCAUUACUGGAAACUCUAUUAUUAAUAUAUGUUGAAUUGUAUUGUGAGAGUACAGAGCCCCGAGAAGUCGUUUCUGUUGAAAUGAGUAUCAGGACUGUGGGCUCUGUGUGUAUUCACGUAUCACAUUUUUGCAUUUCCAUUCAAUUGAAUCGGUUUCACUUGCUUUGGAAAUGACAGAAUUAUACAAGAAAGCAUCACCCCACUAGAGCAGCAGUACAGAGUAUAGACUUGUCCUGGAUUUAUAUUGAGAUGUUAUAAUAUCAUGUUUCACGACUCUGGGCACGCUGAAAAAAACGGAACAAAAACGAGUUAGCAGUUGAUGUUUUCCCACAUAUAAAGGGCUUCACUCGUUGAACGUCACUUUGUCUGAGCUCGGCGGUUCAUCCUUGACUCUGGUAACAGCAGUUGACUGAACAAACGUCCCUCAAGAUCCAUUCAGCAGCUCUUCUGGAGCUUUUGACCACAAUGCGCAGUCUUCAUCAACAGAUUGAAUUUGCCACGAUUCUGAGCACCUCUAACAUUCAUGUUGAUGUUAAUCAAAAAGUAAUGUUACAUCCCUUUCACCCCUAUGUGAUGAUUGUUGAUAUUAGAACAGUAAUAGUAAUAAUAUCGCCCAGCCCUGCUUUGUAGAAAAUCUUCAAAAGAUAGACAAUCACUGAGUUUACAUUCUACUUUGUAAAUAAGCCAUGUAAGAAAAAUGAAAUGAAAACUUUUUCUGUUUGUAACUGUCACGUCAAUCAGCACAAAUCAUUAUAGCCAAUCAUUAAUGCUGUAGAUUUUCAAAUAAUGGCUGGAGACUUUAUUUAGCUCGGUGCUAUAUAGAGAAGCAGAGACAGGCCUUUUAUUUCUAACCUCUCCUGGUCCUUUUAAGCAUGUCUGAUCUUUGUGUUUUAGUAGGACACCCUCCUUUUUUUCUGAUUCAACUUCUAUUCGUCAUGUUAGUUUGUUGCAGCUCAACACUUCUUAACCAUCUGUUAAACGUUUAAGUCAAGUGGGUGAAAGCUCCUUCCGUUCCCGGAAGGUCUUUUAUUUUGAAACAAAGUGGAAUCGAUGUAAGUGAAUUCCACCGAGAGAGAAGAGUAUUGCUUUGCUCAGAGUACUGAGGGUGACUGUUUACUCUGUCGAAAUACACAUUACAUCAAAGUUAACUUUUACGUCUAGUAUAUUUACUUCAGUCUUUUUUUUUCUUGCUGUUAUUUCAUAUCCAGCCAUUAUUUGUGAAUGAUAAACAGUAUAAACCAAAAGCCAGGUUUAAUCCAGAGCCAGACUUUUUUAUGUUUGUACAACCAAUCUUGGGUACAAUCCUGAAUUGAACCCAGGAUUAACAGCAAUGUUUUUUUAAACUCCAAAAUAUAUUAAAAUUUUACUGGAAAGGCAAUUCAUAAGUGCUUUGGAUCAUGAGUGAAAUGAGGAUACCUAUUUAAAAAUAGUUUCUCUCAAAAGAACUUUACGGAUAGUUUAAAUCUACUUAUAAUCCCCUUGAGUCGCUGCAUUGCAUUACAGAUAUUCCUGGUAUUUUGAAUGCAUCUGAAAAGGACAAAUGCAUCCAAAGCCAAGUAUCCGUUAAUACACCACCCCUUCCUCAAAAUCCUUCCCCAAUAAUCCAAAUAUUGCGUGUCUUUUCCUCCAUAGCCCUGCUGGUAUUGAUAGCGCGGCAGCACACGGCGGACGCCCCGAGGCUCGUAUUCAUCCCCUCUUCAUCCUUUGCACGAUAAUAACUCCCCGCUUUAUAUUCUCCCCACAUUGAUUUUCUCCUCCUGUUCUCUGCUGAAGCGCUCGACUAAUCGGCGGUCUGAAGAAUAAUAUUUCAUCCCUGGGUGUCAUUUCCUGCUGAGAGGAGCAGAUCUCCAGCUGAAACUGAGAGUGCAAGAGGCCCGAUCUCUUAAUUCACUGCUGGGUGUGAUCUCCAGCGGUGGUUAGUCUUCCUUUCAGUCUUCCGAUUCAAGGGCAAAGAAAACACACUCAGCUUCCUUUGGAGACUCGAGAAGGAAACACAGCUCUUUCCUGCCGAUUCACAUCAAAAAAACAGUUCCAUCAACAGAUAUGUAUAUUUAAAAAAAUAACCAUGAUAUUUCUCCAGUACCACACAGCCUUAAUAGGAUUUAAACGACAGACGUGUUAUAUUCAUUGGUGCCUUAAAGGCUUUUGGUGCUACUGCAUAAAGAUGUGCUGAUGCAAAUAUGACGCCCAGUGCAAUCUUUUGCAAAAUCAUAAAAAGGGCCAAAAUAUUUUUGGGGGGGGUUUUCCCAUCUGUGCAUAAACUAAUCGUUCUUAAAGCUAUAACCAUCACUGUCCUAUCACUGGCUGACUGGAAGGUGACUAACAGCAACUCUGACACGAAGAGAGGCCAUAGACUUUAGCUAUCUAGCUAACGUGCCUUCAGCUCGCAAAACAAGCUUUAAACUUUACUGCUAACGUCAGUUUGAAGACUAAAGUGCUAGUUAGCUAGCCAGCUGGUGGCACACAGCUUAAUAAAAACUACCCACAAGCAUAAACAUGGGUCAGUUUACAUGUUAAAUCAUGUAGCCGUUAUUCUUUAACACCACCGCUAACAGCACACUGCCUGUCGUUAGCUUUAAAGCUACAUAUAGCAGCACCAGCCUCUUAACAUGGUGUCUUGGCUAGAACGAGCAUUUCGGUUGGAUUCAAUAUCAACAAUACGCAUAAAAAUGGCUUUGAUAUAUGAAUAUAAAAUAUGGCUAAUUGAGACUCCAGUUGGACUGAAAUAGAAAUAAUACAGUAGAUGAAAAACUGCCAAAUUUAAAGAGAAAUGUCUAAAAUUGCAAACCCCGUUAAUUUAUUACUUUCGUUGUGUUUAAUUUGAUGGAUUGGGAUGUGCCGCAAGUAUUUUUAUAAGUACGUUUCGAAUGACGAAUGAACAAGUGUUUUGAGAUUCCUAUGCUACGCUUUAAUUUCAGCUACCUAAACUGUCUGAAACUUUAGAAAAAUCAACAAGCACGUAGUCUGAAUCUAUUCGCCUUCUCAAAAACAAAAAAGGAACAAGGUUUCCUUAUUUUCUUUCAUUUAUCUUUUUUUCCAACACUGUUCUGCAUUUCAAGCUAAAGGCACAGAGGAAAUCAAAGCAUCACGUUCACACGGUGGAGCCAUCCUGCUGUGAAGAGGGAGAUUAAUUUAAAUACCAAUUUACACUUAUUAUCAAGCCCCCUCUGUGGUCCACACAACCUCCCAAAGUGACGUCCUUCAGUGGGUUUCAGUGUCCUUUCAUUUUUUAUUAUUUAAAAACUGUUCUCCAUUGUUUCCCCUUGUACGGUUCAAUAGACAAUCUGCAGCUUUUGGAUGCCUGAAAUAUAAUAAGCUAAAAUCACAGAAACAAUGUCUGAUCAUGAGUUUAGUGGUGGUUUGAGUCUGGGAGGCCCCUCUUUCUCCUCCUCCACAUUGUUACCAUUCAGCGUGCACUAGAAUUUUACUAAAACCAUUAUUAAGGAAUUUUACGCACUCACAUUAAACCUUACAGUUUUUGCACUGUGAGCUUUUUGAAAUGUAUUUGUACUAAAAACAAAAGGUACAAUGUUUAUUUUUUUCUCAUUUUAUGUACAAAGAAAAAAGGGCAAAGCAACAAAUUUUGUAAAUAUGUUUUAUGUACAAAUUUGAACUUCCAAAGUACUGAUAACUGUGGAUUUUGUUUAGUUGGAUGAAUGUUUUUUUUUUUAAUAAAUAAUAAAGCUUUAUUUAUCUCUCCAUUUCCUGUUUUCAAAUGUACAGUAAUUUUCUCUUUUAAAUAAA